CGCGCGCGGGCGCGCGGGCGCGAACGGGAAACGCCGCGAGGGUCGGGGCUGUGGAGACGACGGACGGCGACGAUGGCCGCGGCGGCGGGAGGCGGGCCGGGAGCGGCGGCGGGCGCGGGGGGCGCGGCGGCGGCGGCGGGUCUGGCCAUUUAUCGGCGGAAGGACGGCGGGCCGGCGAGCAAGUUUUGGGAGAGCCCGGACACGGUGUCCCAGCUGGACUCGGUGCGGGUCUGGCUGGGCAAGCACUACAAGAAGUAUGUUCAUGCAGAUGCUCCUACCAAUAAAACACUGGCAGGAUUGGUAGUGCAGCUUCUCCAGUUCCAGGAAGAUGCCUUUGGGAAACAUGUCACCAACCCGGCCUUCACCAAACUCCCUGCAAAAUGUUUCAUGGAUUUUAAAGCUGGAGGCACCUUAUGUCACAUUCUUGGGGCUGCUUACAAAUAUAAAAAUGAACAGGGAUGGAGGAGAUUUGAUCUACAAAAUCCAUCUCGAAUGGAUCGUAAUGUUGAAAUGUUUAUGAAUAUUGAAAAAACAUUGGUGCAGAACAAUUGUCUGGCAAGACCCAACAUCUACCUCAUUCCAGACAUUGAUCUGAAGCUGGCUAACAAAUUGAAAGAUAUCAUCAAACGGCAUCAGGGAACAUUUACUGAUGAGAAGUCAAAAGCUUCCCACCACGUUUAUCCAUAUCCUUCCUCACAAGAGGAUGAAGAAUGGUUGAGACCAGUGAUGAGAAAAGAUAAGCAGGUAUUAGUGCACUGGGGCUUUUACCCAGACAGCUAUGAUACUUGGGUCCAUAGUAGUGAUGUUGAUGCUGAAAUUGAAGAGCCACCAAUUCCAGAAAAACCCUGGAAGGUUCAUGUAAAAUGGAUUUUGGACACUGAUAUUUUUAAUGAAUGGAUGAAUGAGGAAGAUUAUGAAGUAGAUGAAAACAGGAAACCAGUGAGCUUUCGUCAGCGAAUUUCAACAAAGAAUGAAGAGCCAGUCAGAAGUCCAGAGAGAAGAGAUAGAAAAGCAUCAGCCAAUUCAAGAAAGAGGAAACAUUCCCCUUCGCCACCACCUCCCACACCUGCAGAAUCACGAAAGAAGAGUGGAAAGAAAGGGCAAGCUAGUCUUUACGGGAAGCGCAGGAGUCAGAAAGAAGAAGACGAGCAAGAAGAUCUUACCAAGGACAUGGAAGAUCCAACUCCUGUACCCAAUAUAGAAGAGGUGGUACUCCCCAAAAACGUGAACCCAAAGAAAGACAGUGAAAAUACACCUGUUAAAGGAGGAACUGUAGCAGAUCUAGAUGAACAGGAUGAAGAAACAGUCACGACAGGAGGAAAGGAAGAUGAAGAUCCUAGUAAAGGUGAUCAGAGCCGGUCAGUUGACUCUGGUGAAGAUAAUGUAACAGAGCAGACCAAUCACAUUAUUAUCCCCAGCUAUGCAUCCUGGUUUGAUUAUAACUGCAUUCAUGUGAUAGAACGGCGUGCGCUUCCAGAGUUUUUCAAUGGAAAAAACAAAUCAAAGACUCCAGAAAUAUACUUAGCCUAUCGAAACUUUAUGAUUGACACAUAUCGUCUAAACCCUCAAGAGUAUUUAACCAGCACUGCUUGUCGAAGGAACUUAACUGGGGAUGUGUGUGCUGUGAUGAGGGUUCAUGCCUUUUUAGAGCAAUGGGGACUUGUUAAUUACCAAGUUGAUCCAGAAAGUCGACCUAUGGCCAUGGGACCCCCUCCUACUCCUCACUUCAAUGUAUUGGCGGAUACCCCCUCUGGGCUUGUGCCUCUGCAUCUUCGAUCACCACAGAUUCCAGCUGCUCAGCAGAUGUUAAAUUUUCCUGAGAAGAACAAAGAAAAACCAAUUGACUUGCAGAACUUUGGUCUUCGUACUGACAUUUACUCCAAGAAAACAUUAGCUAAGAGUAAAGGUGCUAGUGCUGGAAGGGAGUGGACGGAACAGGAGACCCUUCUGCUCUUAGAGGCUCUGGAAAUGUACAAGGAUGAUUGGAACAAAGUAUCAGAACAUGUGGGAAGCCGUACUCAGGAUGAAUGCAUACUCCACUUUUUGAGGCUUCCCAUUGAAGACCCCUACCUUGAGAAUUCCGAUGCUUCUCUGGGCCCUCUGGCCUACCAGCCCGUCCCUUUCAGCCAGUCUGGAAAUCCUGUCAUGAGUACCGUUGCUUUUCUGGCAUCUGUGGUGGACCCUCGUGUGGCAUCUGCUGCAGCCAAAGCAGCACUAGAGGAGUUUUCUCGGGUCCGGGAGGAGGUGCCACUGGAACUGGUUGAAGCUCAUGUCAAGAAAGUACAGGAAGCAGCCCGCGCCUCCGGGAAGGUGGACCCCACCUAUGGCUUGGAGAGUAGCUGUAUUGCUGGCACUGGGCCCGAUGAGCCGGAGAAGCUUGAAGGAUCUGAAGAGGAAAAGAUGGAAACAGAUGCUGAUGGUCAGCAGCCUGAGAAGGCAAAAAAUAAAAUGGAAAAUGAAACCGAGGAAGGUGAAAAAGCCCAAGAUGGAGAAAAUGAGAAAAGUAGUGAAAAGGAACAAGAUAGUGAAGUCAGUGAGGACAUUAAAUCAGAAGAAAAGGAAACUGAAGAGAACAAGGAACUCUCUGAUACAUGUAAAGAAAGAGAAAGUGAUACCGGAAAGAAGAAAGUAGAACAUGAGAUUUCUGAAGGAAAUGUUGCCACAGCCGCAGCAGCUGCUCUUGCCUCAGCUGCCACCAAAGCCAAGCACCUGGCUGCUGUGGAAGAAAGAAAAAUCAAGUCCCUCGUAGCUCUCCUGGUUGAGACACAAAUGAAGAAACUAGAGAUCAAACUUCGACAUUUUGAAGAGCUGGAAACUAUCAUGGACAGAGAGAAAGAAGCUCUGGAACAACAGCGGCAGCAGUUGCUCACUGAGCGCCAGAACUUUCACAUGGAACAGCUGAAAUAUGCGGAGUUAAGAGCGAGACAGCAAAUGGAGCAGCAGCAGCAGCACAGCCAAAACCCUCAGCAGGCACACCCACACUCAGGAGGACCUGGCCUCGCCCCUCCCGGAGCAGCAGGACACCCGGGCAUGAUGCCACACCAGCAGCCCCCUCCCUACCCUCUGAUGCACCACCAGAUGCCACCGCCUCAUCCCCCCCAGCCAGGUCAGAUACCAGGCCCAGGUCCCAUGAUGCCGGGGCAGCCCAUGCCGGGCCGCAUGAUUCCCACUGUUGCAGCCAAUAUCCACCCCGCUGGGACCGGCCCUGCCCCUCCGGGGAUGCCUGCAAUGCCUGGAAACCUCUUAGGACCCCGGGUACCCCUCACAGCACCGAAUGGCAUGUAUCCCCCUCCGCCACAGCAACAGCCACCACCACCUGCAGAUGGGGUCCCUCCGCCGCCUGCUCCUGGCCCUCCGGCCUCGGUUACUCCUUAGCCUGGAAGAUGCAGGGAGCCCACCGCAAGCUGGAGUGGGGCUGACAAGACUGGGCUUUCUCAGCUUCCUUGGGUUUCUUUCAGGAUUUUUCUUCUGGGCCUCCCCAAGCACACAUCCCAUGUCUGUCCCCCCGCUCCCCACUUCCUCUGCCCACCCUCUCUGUGCCCCGACGUGUCAGGUCCUUGGCUGACACUCCAGGUGAAGCCUGUGGUGACCAGGUGCUCUGGUGGUCCCCCCUGUGUCGCCCCGGCCCGGUGGGCAGGCGUGGGCAGUCCUGCCUGCAGGUCCUGUCAACAUUAGUAUUCUCUUGUCUGUGUCACUUUUUCUCUCCCACAGUUUAUUGCUUUGUCUCUUACGCUUCUAUGGAUAAUACUCUGUAAUUAUUAUCUCCCUCCCCUCCCCCCCCGUUAGGAUUCUUUAAGAGGAAAGCAUCCUAAGUUAAUAGGAACCAAAAAUGGUGAUGAGCAGAAGAGAGCUGCAGGGGACACACCUUAAAGGCAUUAAAAGUGACCUUAUUUCUGCUUUUCUGAGCUAAGAAUGGUGCUGCUGGUAAAGUUUCCUGAGAUUUUUGCCACAUAUCAAUGCACCAAAAUUAAGAAGUGGGGGAGGAGGGACUACCCCCUUGAUCUUAUUCCCUCAUGAGGACUGUGAACGCCUCUGUCCUGCCCGGCAGAACACCCCACUCUGAACUAGUGUUUGGUCGAGGAGAGCACACGCGUUACAAACAAGUGCACACUCCCAGGCCCACUGCUUCUGGUUUUCUAUGCAGGUGGUUUUCAGGGCCGGUGGAAGGCGUUUUGCUUUUUGAGGGCAGUGUGAGCUUUGAAGGAUGGAAUUUGGGGAGGCUCCCUAGACUAGCUAGGAAAGUGUAAAGAGUCUGGGGGCAGUGUGCCCCCACUCUUCCCCCCAUGAAUCUAGCCUGCUAUAUUCACUGCUGUGUAUGUAUUGGGUGGGUUUUUUUUUUCCUUCUCUUAAAAACAAAAGAAAAAAAAUAAGUAGCUAGUGGGAUAAUAGCUUGUAAUAGCGUGUAGCUCAUGGAAAUUGGUUAGGAUAACUGGGGGGGGGGGGGUCCAAAGUCCCCAAACUACCUCUCGCGGUAGCCAGGGUGAACGGCAUUUCUCGAAGCGGUACUUUAGGUUCUGCCUGGGAUUAGAAAAGGGACCCUCCGCCUCCCUUAGGUUCUCCCUUCCCUCUCUGCGGCCAUCUCUGGUUUCAUCCACCACAGGCUUGUCAGGGAGGUACUGGGGCUACCAACCACCUCACUGGCUCCAGAGCGUUUGUUUUAAGGUUUGGGGUCAUCGGGCUGGAAGAGUGGGGUACCAUUCCAGAGGAAGAUCCACUCCCACCCCCACCUCCCAAAAAAAGCCUUAACUGGAGUCCCUAUCUUGCCCUGCUGGCUGAGUGGCCGGAGAGUUUUGGGGUUUCUCUUCUUGUCCUUCCCUCCUGUCCUUGCACGCGUAGUUAAAGGGUGUUUGGGGGCAAAGCUUGGAUUCCAAAGGAUCUGGCUUCUUCCCGUUCUUAAGGGGCAGUUUUAUUAUUUAAAAUGCCAGGUAGGACAUCUUUGGGGUAUCUUUUUCUCCAUGUUUUCUAAAGCUUUACUUAUGAGAGGGUGUAGGGAAGGUGUCUUUAAACACCUUGGAGCUUCUUCCCUUCAUAUUAGGAUGCAAAAAAAGUAAAACCACGACUGGGAUUUGCCUUUCAAACCCUCAGGUUGGCCUUGAACCAGGUGACCCUGGUCACCCUCAGAGGACUGGAAUAUGGGACGCAAGGCAACAUUGUUGCUUGUGUCUUCCAGACUUGGCAGGGAAUGGAAAUGAGUUUGUUCCCACUGGAGUUUUACUUCCCAUGUAUUUGUCUCCAGAAAGACCCAGUGCCUUCACAAUGGCCGGGCUUACCCCCAACUCUGCUCCCGUCUCUCCCAAAGGGAGCUCAGUCUCAACGCUCACCUUUGAUUUACCCUGGUGUCCUAGAAGGAGAAUGAAAUUCUGGUUCAUACUGUGGUCCCUUGUAACCUCAGGUCUUUCAUGUGAUCACUUUCAAAUUGAAGAGAUUCAGGCAGAAAUAUUUUUUACUAUACCGGUAAUCUACAAAAAUACCUGAAUUCAACAAUUGUUAACGUAUUAGUGUAAAAAUGAUGACUUUUUUUUCUUUUCAUGUCUUUAAUCUGGUUUCAUUCCUGUAAUACAACGACCCAAUUUUGUGAGGGGUGGGGGAAUAACACGUGGUUUUUGUACAAACCUGUUUCUCGGUGUGUUAUUAUUUUGGGAAAAUGGGGAGGAGUUUUGAAAGAUUGGAGGAAAUGGAUGAAAGUGGCUUAAUCUCUCUUUUUCAUUGAAUAAAUGAAAUGCCGAUUCUG